AUGAAAAACAUAAGAUUAGGAGCACUUCUUUUUGUAUUACUCUUUCUUGCUACUCAUUUCUCAGAAGCUAGACUUCAAGCAUGCAAGCCAAGUGGCAAAAUAAUUGGGAAAAAGCCACCUCCCGGACAAUGCAACCAGGAAAAUGACUCUGAUUGUUGUAAACAAGGGAAGCCUUACCCCACUUACAAAUGUUCACCCUCUGUGUCCGGAAGCACUAAGGCAGUUCUCACAAUUAACAGUUUCGAGAAGGGUGGAGAUGGAGGCGCACCAUCAGAAUGUGACAACAAGUACCACUCUGAUAACACACUGGUCGUUGCACUAUCAACUGGAUGGUACAGUGGAGGGUCAAGGUGCCUUAACAAUAUCACGAUAAGUGCUAAUGGCAGGAGUGUAACUGCUAUGGUCGUCGAUGAAUGUGAUUCUACCAUGGGAUGUGACGAUGACCAUGACUAUCAGCCUCCAUGUCCUAAUAACAUUGUUGAUGCCUCCAAGGCUGUCUGGAAAGCCUUAGGAGUACCUGAAGAUAACUGGGAGUCGCCGAAGCUGCGAAGCAUAAGAAUUGUGCUUGAUGAAUGUGACUCUACUAUGGGAUGUGAUGCAGGCCCUGAUUAUCAACCUCCGUGUGCUAAUAACACUGUUGAUGCUUCAAAAGCUGUCUGGAAAACCUUGGGGAUGCUUGAAGAUGACUGGGGUUGGUUCUAUGUGACAUGGUCCGAUGCCUAG